AUGGAGCUGUCGCAAGCGCAAUAUCCUUGCCCUCAGCAUACGCGGCGCCAGCUGCAGCGCAGCCAGCUAGCGCUGCGCUCCAAGGAUUGUUGCGCAAUAACGAAGACAAGCAGUCAUCCACAGCACGUGAAGCUGAUGUGCAUCAGCUUGGAGUUCGGUCGACAUUGCACUGUCACGCGUGCUCAAGCGCAUUACUUUGCGCACAAGCUGUACGGCGAUGUGCCACGUCAUUACUUGGACUGGCACCACCGUCUUAGGCUACUAGUUGAGGAAAUACGGUACUGGGCGCCUGACGUAGUGUGUCUGCAGGAGGUACAGCACUACAAUGAGCUCGAGCCGGAGCUGCGCGCAGCCGGGCGCUCCGAUCGCCUCCGCGCCCACGGCCUUGAGCGCCUGGACUUCGCCCCUCUGGGUCUCGAGGACAACCUGGCGCUGCUGAUGGGUCUGGGGCCCCGGGCGGAGGCGGCGGAGGCGGCGGGGCUGGACAGGCAAGUUGCUGAGGCGCUUACCUCAGUUCGCCUGCUGGUGGCCACCACCCACAUCACCUUCGACCCCGCCAAGGGGGACGUGAAGCUGGGCCAGGGCCCCGCGGCGGGCUGUACGGCGGCGGUUGAGGGCCGCAGACGUAAGGCCCCCGGGGGACCUUGGUCCGUAGCGGCAGUAGCAGCACCAACAGCCGGGGCCCAGCAGCAGCAGCCCCAGCAGCCUCUUCAGACUUUGGCCAUCAUCACCGGGGACUUCAACAGCACUGCGGGCAGCCCCUUGUACCAGUUUGUGUCCCGUGGGGCGCUGGAUCUUGGUCGGACCAACCGCAAAAAGCUGAGUGGGCAGCUGCAUGGCGUGUGCCAUACGCAGUACAAACCCGUAAGGGAGGUUAAGCAGCUGCAUGCGCAGCUGGCCGCUGCCGCUGCAGCUUCUGGGCCUGACGCCGUCGACGGCUCCACCGCCGCCGCCGCUGACAGCAACGCCACUGCUAACGCCGCCGUCACCGCAUUAGCCGCCUCGCCGCCAGGAACGCCGCCGUCGACACCUUUGGCGGCGGGGGCCGACGCUGGCACUGGCGCCUUGUCCGGAUCCAAGCACGGCCACGGAUCGAGUACGGCGACGACGACACCAGUCGGCGCCAUACAGCGGCUAGCCGCUGCAGCGAUGGACUCUGCGGCGGCGGCCGUGAGUGCAUGUACGGCGGCGGCCGUCACCGCCGUCACGAAGCCGGCGCUGGCGUGUUCCUCCGACGCCGCCCGGGCGUUGGACCAUUUCCUGCACUCAUCGUCCACGGCCGCCGGCGGCGGCGGCUCGGGUUCACAUCACCGGCACAUGUACGGCGGCGGCGGCGGAGUCGAGCGCUGGUCCGAGAAGGAGCUCCGCUGCGCGAUGGGCGAUCAAUAUGACGCCGCUGCCGUACAGCGGGCCAUUUGCAACUAUGGCGGCGCCGCCGCCGCGGUUUUUCCCCCGAGCCAAGUCCUGGCAACCUCUGCUUCGGGCCCCGUCACCAACGACGGCGGGACGCCAGCGGAGACCCAGGCACUGCCGCCGCUGUCGUCUCCGAGGCUUGGCCGUCAGCUUCACCCGCCACUGGCCAACCGUGGCAAGUCCGCCGCCGCCGCGAGCACCCUGCCGUGUCGCUCUUUGGACUCAGAUCCCAACGUCCAGGUGGCGCCGUCGUUGGACAGCUCACCGUCGGGUCCGCUGGUUGUACGGCACCCGCUUCGUCUCAAGAGCAGCUACAUGGAGGUUGCCCGUGCAGAGCCCGCCUUCACCUCCCUCCACAGCGGCUUCAUGGGCACCGUGGAUUUCAUCUGGUACACCGCAGAUGCCAUCCUCCAGCAGCAGCCGCAGCAGCAGCAGGCGGCGGCAGCGGUGGCCACGUCAGCACCCUGCGGGGGUUGCGUUGAGGGCGAAAUGGCACCGGCGGCGGCGGCGGCGCCAGGUUUGCCGGCGGCAGCGGCGCCGGCAGCGGGGUCAACAACGGACACGGCGGUGGGUGCUGUUCCGUGCGGUUGCUUGUGUGGGCCACCGGCGGGUCGGGCGGAGAGCGAAUUGCCUCAUGCCCCCGCGUCAGGACCACACCAACACCACCAUCAGCAACAGCAGCAGCAGCAGCAGCAGCAGUGUCGUCGAGGUCAGCCUCAGCAAACAAUUCAGCCUUGUCAGCAGCAGCAGCAGCCGCCGCCGCUGCAUUCUGGAGGCUGUAGCGUAGCCGCCGCUGCCGCGGCCACCUCUGCGUCAGCGGACGGUACGACAGGCGACGCUACUGCCGCCGCCACCGCUUCGCCGGCCCGCCGGUUCCAGUUGGUCCCCGUGGCGGUGCUACUGCCGCCCGACCUGGAGCUGCUGCCGCGGGGGCUGCCCGCAGCUGGCUGGGGCAGCGACCACAUCAGCGUUAUGACCCAGUUUGAGCUACGUCUAAUGUGA